GCCAACAGUGUUGAGUUGAUUAGCAGCAGCAGCCUAAAUGCGACCUUUACAACGAGUGUGGAUCAAAUAAAUUCAUAUUCCACAUUUAACUGAUUUAAUUCAACACACUCUCACAUUCAUAGUCAGUGAGAUUGUUUGUUUGUUUAUAAGUAAUUAGCACCAAAAGAACCACAGAGAAAUUCAAUCAAUAACCAGAUUGGUUGUGGAAGUCAACUGAAUUUUUAAGAGAAUAAUGGAAGUGAAAGCUAGAGCUCCAGGGAAAAUCAUCCUCUCGGGUGAACAUGCUGUUGUUCAUGGAUCUACAGCCGUUGCUUCCUCCAUUGACCUCUACACCUAUGUCUCUCUUCGCUUUCCCACUCCUUCUGACAAUGAUGAUGCACUAAGACUCCAGUACAAGGAUGUUGGAUUAGAGUUUUCAUGGCCAAUUGGUAGAAUUAAAGAAGCACUAUCAGAAAAAGAUAUUCCCAACUCAUCAGUGCCAACCUCAUGUUCAAUAGAGUCACUUAGAUCACUUGCUGCUUUAGUUGAUGAACUAAAGAUUCCAGAAGCAAAAAUUGGACUUGGUGCUGGAGUGUUGGCUUUUCUUUGGCUGUAUUCAUCCAUCCAAGGAUAUAAGCCUGCGACUGUUGUUAUUACUUCAGAACUUCCUUUGGGUUCAGGCCUGGGUUCAUCUGCAGCACUUUGUGUUGCACUGUCAGCUGCUCUUCUUUCUUUCUCAGACUCUGUAAAUCUGGAUUUGAGCCACCAAGGGUGGUUAACUUUUGGGGAAAGUGAACUUGAAUUGCUGAACAAAUGGGCUUUUGAAGGUGAAAAGAUUAUCCAUGGAAAGCCAUCUGGAAUUGACAAUACAGUUAGUACAUAUGGCAAUAUGAUCAAGUUCAAAUCAGGUAGCCUAACUCGCAUCAAAACAAAUAUGACACUGAAAAUGCUUAUUACCAACACAAAAGUUGGGAGGAACACAAAGGCCUUAGUUGCUGGUGUUUCAGAGAGGACCUUAAGGCAUCCAGAAGCUAUGGCUUCUGUGUUCAAUGCAGUUGAUUCUAUCAGCACGGAAUUGGCUACGAUCAUCCAAUCACCCGCUCCUGAUGAUCUCUCCUUAACUGAAAAGGAAUCAAAAAUAGAAGAGUUGAUGGAAAUGAACCAAGGUUUGCUCCAAUGUAUGGGGGUCAGCCAUGCUUCAAUUGAAACCGUUCUUCGGACAACGCUCAAAUACAAGUUAGCUUCGAAAUUGACAGGAGCUGGGGGUGGAGGUUGUGUUCUCACGCUAUUACCAACCUUGUUAUCAGGAACUGUUGUUGAUAAAGUAACUUCUGAACUGGAGUCUUGUGGGUUCCAUUGUUUGACGGCAGCCAUUGGUGGAAAUGGUGUUGAAAUUUGCUUUGGCGAUUGAUCCUAACCUUUUCGCUGAAUCUCAAGUGGUGAGAGUAAGAUCUAGCUCCAUUGCUGACUGGUAGGACAGAAGCACUGUUUGUUCUGUAAAUUAUCUUCUUGUGUUCUGCAUUCAAAUCUGAUCGACUUUCGUCUUCAAGCUUAUUUGACGGGAACUCUCAGCUUUUUUGUUCCAAAUUAAUAAUUUAAAUAUAUGCCAAUUCGGUGCAAGUCAAUCAAUGUAACUUUUGUCAUUCGUGAUAUUGGAAAUAAAUGUUUUAUCUUCGGGGAAA